CUAUUCGUAUGGAAAGCGCACUAGCUUUUUCUUGUACUAAAGGUCGUCUGACGCCUUUACGCCAAUCAGAGACCAAGGCGCACUGUCAACGAAGAGAAACGAAACCCAUCCAAGGUGUGGCGGGCUCAAUCUCACAAGAAAAAGAACAACAACCGUGAUUGACGGCUCUCCGGCCCUGCCUAGUGCGAUCGCUUAGCGCCGGCCAUCUUGCCUCGCCUCUUAGCCCGAGUGCGGAAGUGGAAACUUCACUGUGCGGGUGCAAGGGUUCCGCCUGUGGAUCAUCAGACAGCCCUCUGCCCGUCACAGACUAGUUUCAAAGAAAAAAAUAGCACCAUUAAAUCCUGUUCACAGGAACGCAAGAUAUGGCGGGACGGUUACCGGCUUGUGUGGUGGACUGUGGCACCGGAUACACAAAACUGGGGUAUGCUGGAAACACAGAGCCACAGUUCAUUGUACCAUCAUGUAUUGCCAUCAAAGAGUCGGCCAAGGUUGGGGACCAGGCCCAGCGGAGGAUGAUGAAGGGGGUGGACGACCUGGACUUCUUCAUCGGUGAUGAGGCCAUAGACAAACCCACGUACUCCACAAAGUGGCCGAUCCGUCACGGCAUCGUGGAGGACUGGGACCUGAUGGAGAGGUUUAUGGAACAGGUCAUCUUCAAGUAUCUGCGGGCAGAACCAGAAGACCACUACUUCCUCUUGACAGAGCCUCCAUUGAACACACCUGAGAACCGCGAGUAUACGGCUGAGAUCAUGUUUGAGUCAUUCAAUGUCCCUGGAUUGUACAUUGCCGUGCAGGCUGUCCUUGCACUGGCUGCGUCCUGGACGUCCAGACAGGUGGGAGAGAGGACACUGACAGGGACAGUGAUCGACAGCGGGGACGGAGUCACGCACGUCAUCCCUGUGGCUGAGGGGUAUGUGAUUGGCAGCUGUAUUAAGCACAUCCCCAUUGCGGGGCGGGACAUCACUUACUUCACCCAGCAGCUCCUGAGAGAAAGGGAGGUGGGCAUCCCCCCUGAGCAGUCCCUGGAAACCGCCAAAGCCGUCAAGGAACGGUUCAGCUAUGUGUGCCCAGACUUAGUGAAAGAGUUCAACAAGUAUGACACCGAUGGCUCUAAGUGGAUUAAGCAGUACACUGGCAUCAACGCCAUCAGCAAGAAGGAGUUCACCAUCGAUGUGGGCUACGAGCGCUUCCUGGGGCCAGAGAUCUUCUUCCACCCUGAGUUCGCAAAUCCCGACUUCACCCAGCCCAUUUCAGAGGUGGUGGAUGAGGUCAUUCAGAACUGCCCCAUUGAUGUCAGACGUCCCCUCUACAAGAACAUCGUUCUCUCAGGAGGUUCUACCAUGUUCAGGGACUUUGGCCGCCGUUUGCAGAGGGACUUGAAAAGGACAGUAGACGCUCGGCUCAAAAUGAGCGAAGAGCUGAGCGGAGGAAAGUUAAAGCCGAAACCAAUUGACGUGCAGGUCAUCACCCAUCAUAUGCAGAGAUACGCCGUUUGGUUUGGCGGAUCCAUGCUGGCUUCAACUCCUGAGUUCUACCAAGUGUGCCACACCAAAAAGGAUUACGAGGAGAUCGGGCCGAGCAUCUGCCGCCACAACCCCGUGUUCGGGGUCAUGUCCUAGACACCCUUCUUGACCGUCAUUCAGGGCUGGCUGUAGAAGAAGGGGGAGGGAGGGGACAAAUUUGCGCUCUGAUGGCUUCUUCAGUCCGGACUGCCCGCAAUCACCGCAAAUACUGAAAGAGAAUAACAUUUAAAAAUUUUAAAAAACCAAGCAAAAAAACACAAAAGACCAAACUCAAUCAGGCUGGAGAAAUCGUGUGUGAGCAUCUUCACAAAAGUGAGGGAAAACUUGUUUCUAAGCCAAAACAACCAUUUGGUUUUCCCUUUUCAUAUCUGUGGAAACAGCGUGUGAACAAUGGAUUGGUAGUGCUGAUGGCAGUGAUGGUUAAAAAUAAAAGGGUAAAAUGUUGUUUAUGGCUAUACAGCGUGAUGUGCCCGACUUCUUUCGUAUGUUGAUGGGUGUCUAGGUUGCGACAGGGUUUAUCUAGUCAUCUGCUCCAUUUUGCUUCAAUUGCGAUUCUCUGUGUACCAGGUAAGAGCUUGUUUAUAUUUCAUACAAAGUUUUUAUAUGUAAAGCUGGGGAAAUCAGGAAGAAGGGAAGAAGAAAUUAUGUGCCGAUACUGAGGUAGAAAAUCCACAAAGCAACCGCAACAAAGGUAACAUUUUCCUGAAUAGAAAUCAACAAAAAUCCUUGUCACCCAUCUCCAAUUUUUUCAGCACAGUGACGAUAAAUGUCACUUGAUAAACAGCUAUGGAGACGCAUUUACUCAAACAUAAUCUCUUACCUUUUUUUUUUUUUUUUUUUACUACUACUAAUAAUGCA